UGCAUAAUUACUUUGAUUCUAUUCUUCAUUGUGCAAAGUAACUUAAACGUUGUCAACGCAAAUUUGAGUUUUCAUUAAGUAUUUAUUUAUUGUUUGGUAUAUAAUUUUCUUCUUUAUUUCUUUAGAUUGUUUAAUUGUAAUUGAUAGUUUGAAUUUAUUUAUGGUAUCUAAUUGUUUCAGUAUUACAAAUUAAGCGUUUAGUUAAUUCUGUGUUUGUGAAUUGUUUCAUUACGUUACUUUGUAACGUUUAAGUUCGAUUUGAUAAAAAACUCGCCACUAUGUCAUUGGAGAAAACUUAUUUAAUCGGUGUUCCUAUUGAGAAAAUUAAUAACCGUAAGCUUCCGACUGUCAAAGAAGUUUUAUCAUUAUUUUUUUAUCAACAUAAAGUUCUCAAAUUAAAAAUUUAUGAUAGUGCUUCAAAAACUGCUAGUGUCGUUCAAGACUGCUGGAAUAAUUUGCAGAUUUCAACUUCUGGUUUUUGCAACAUUGUAAAGAAAAUAAUUAGUAUUUUCAAAAAGUGGAAAUAUUUACUGUGCAAUCGCAAAAAAAAAUCACGUGCUCAAAAACAAAGAGAAAAUAGCUUUGAAAAAAAACUCGAACAAUUAUUUGACAUCGCUGGGAAGAAUAGUUUAAAAGGUUUCGAUAGAAAUAAUAAUAUUGAUUUUCAACUUCCAAUGUCUUCAAAUCUGCAAGAAAAUAAUAAUAAUAUCUCAGACGAAAAACACGAAGAAAUAAUGGAAAUAGAGGCGAUAGAAGACACCUCUCGUGAUUAUAACAGUAAUGAUGAUUGUGAUGCUACAACAUCUAGUCAGGAGUUGCAAUCAAAGUCAGAUUCAUUUAUGAGUCAAAAUUCAAAUGUGUCUAACUUUGAAACAGAUUUUUAA